GACCACGCCCCCGACCCAGACCACACCCCUCACCGCAGCAUAGGAAAAUUACCUGUGAUGGGGGCUCCUGGGGUAGUGCCCCGCACCCUCCGUGACCCAGACUCUCCCCGCUCCCUCUGCAUCCCGCAGGGGCCACCUUCGGAGCCAGCCGGGAGACACCUCACAUCGGACCUCACCUCCCAUUCCAAAGCCGCCUGCUGACCUUUCCUGACCUCCUGGGUCUGGCCUGGUAGAGACAGCCUGGGCUGGCCGCGGGGACUGCGGGACGGCCCGGCUCCGGGCAGAGGCGGGGCGGGGCGCGCGGGGCCUUUAAGAGGCGCGGCGCCCCGGACCCGGCAGAAGCGGGCAGUGCCUGGACUCGCGGUCGCCUGGGGCCUCACGGUCCGUCUGCAGCGCUCACGCUCCUCCUCUCGCGACUGCGCUCCACAGCGAUGGACGGAGACGGUGAUCCAGAAAGCGUGGGCCAGCCGGAGGAGGAGGUGAGCCCGGAGGAGCAGCCGGAGGAGGAGGAGGCGGGCUCGGAGGCGACAGCCGAGGAGGAUCGGCCUGGGGACGCGGAGGAGGCGGAGGCGGAGGCGGCCGCGUACCUGGCCGAGCUGCCCGAGCCGCUGCUGCUGCGCGUGCUGGCCGAGCUGCCGGCCGCCGAGCUGGUGCAGGCCUGCCGCCUGGUGUGCCUGCGCUGGAAGGAGCUGGUGGACGGCGCCCCGCUGUGGCUGCUCAAGUGCCAGCAGGAGGGGCUGGUGCCCGAGGGCGGCGCGGAAGACGAGCGCGACCACUGGCAGCAGUUCUACUUCCUGAGCAAGCGGCGGCGCAACCUGCUGCGUAACCCGUGCGGGGAAGAGGACUUGGAGGGCUGGUGCGACGUGGAGCACGGUGGGGACGGCUGGAGGGUGGAGGAACUGCCCGGAGACAGUGGGGUGGAAUUCACGCACGAUGACAGCGUCAAGAAGUACUUCGCCUCCUCUUUCGAGUGGUGUCGCAAAGCGCAGGUCAUAGAUCUGCAGGCUGAGGGCUAUUGGGAGGAGCUGCUGGACACCACCCAGCCGGCCAUCGUGGUGAAGGACUGGUACUCGGGGCGCACGGAUGCGGGCUGUCUCUACGAGCUGACGGUGAGGCUGCUGUCGGAGCACGAGGACGUUCUGGCUGAGUUCAACAGCGGACAGGUGGCCGUGCCUCCCGACAGCGAGGAUGGUGGCUGGACGGAGAUCUCCCACACCUUCACUGAAUAUGGGCCAGGCGUCCGUUUCGUCCGCUUCGAGCACGGGGGCCAGGACUCGGUCUACUGGAAGGGCUGGUUCGGGGCACGGGUGACCAACAGCAGUGUGUGGGUGGAGCCCUGAGGGACCUCCUUCUCCUCCUCCUCCCCCAGGCGCCCUAAAGGGAUAAUAGCUGGGGAGGGGGGUUAGACAGGCCUUAACUUAGUAGCAUCCUUACUUGCCUUGCCCACACCUGGCACUGCCUCUCUCCUGCCCCUUGUGCCAGCCUGGACCCCACGGAGAAAGGGAUAUAUUGACUUAAUGUCCGAUUGCUUUCAGCCGCAUCUCCAGGCAGCUGUUUCUAGAAUGUACGAUUUGAUGGGGCAUUGGGCCUGCUGCUGAAUCCUUCGCACCUAGCACUGUGCCCACCUUAAAGUGGGCACUCAAUAAAUAUUAUUUGUCCAAAGAA